UCCACACCCGGAAGCAAAUACGGAGUUGUUUUUUUUUUUUUUAAACCUUCUCUCAGAGGCUGACGCAGUGACCAAUCAGCAGCGAUACGGGAAAAAGAUAGAAUGACGUCGCCUAGGGGCGGAGCCAAGGCAGCUUAGGGGGCGGGCGUUUGAAACCGGUGCUUCAUAGUCGACCCCAAAUAUCAUCUUGUGCCUUUGAGAACCAAUUAUUUAAUCUCUCUUGCGUCUUUUCCUUUCCCGACCCCCUCCCAGACUCUUUCGCUGCGGUUCUGCGAGGACGGAAGGCUCCGGGAGCCGGUCCGCGUCUCGCAAGCGUGAGAUGUGAGGAGAGCUUGCCAACUGACCGACCCAACGGUAGACCCCCGCAGCCUAGGGACUAGAGUUGUCAUUUAAGUGGAUAUGAAGAAGGCGCAAAUAAGUACGGGGGCAGCCACGAGCUUUCCAAAGAUUGUGUUUUAGUCACAUCCCUGAAGAGAUCCUGCUGCACCCCAGUCUGUGCAACCCAAUAGCCAAGAAGAAGAAAGAACCAGGCUCCAAUGAAGCUCGGAGCGGAGGCUGCCUGUCGGAGCUGAUGCCCGGAGGGCUGGCUCUGGGUUGCUCAGCAAGCCUAACAAAAGCUGCUCCCAUCACAUGCAAGGAAGCAGUCUGCAGAUUCGGCUCCAUCACAGCCACAGCAGGUCGUUUUUAUUCAUUUUUUAAAAUCCCCUUCCUCAAUCCUGUGCAUAUAUUGGAGUUUGGUGUUUACAUUGAAGCUAUGAAGACUAAGUCUACCUGUGCUCAGAAUCCAAAUUGCAGCAUAAUGAUAUUUCGUCCAACCACAGAAGAGUUUAAUGAUUUUGACAAAUACAUUGCUUACAUGGAAUCCCAAGGGGCACACCGAGCUGGACUGGCCAAGGUCAUCCCACCAAAAGAAUGGAGGGCCAGGCAGUCUUAUGACAAUAUCAGCAACAUCUUAAUAGCAACUCCCCUGCAGCAAGUGGUCUCUGGGCAGGCAGGCGUGUUCACCCAGUACCAUAAGAGGAAGAAAGGCAUGACAGUGGGGGAGUACCGUGAGCUGGCCAACAGCAAAAAAUACCAGACCCCGCCACACCUGGAUUUUGAAGAUUUGGAGAGAAAAUACUGGAAGAAUCGCCUGUAUGAGUCACCCAUUUAUGGUGCUGACGUCAGCGGCUCCCUGUUUGAUGGAAAGACUCAACAGUGGAACGUGGGCCACCUGGGAACAAUUCAAGACCUACUGGAACAGGAAUGCGGCAUAGUGAUUGAGGGUGUCAACACGCCCUACCUGUACUUUGGAAUGUGGAAGACCACCUUCGCGUGGCACACGGAGGACAUGGACCUGUACAGUAUCAACUACCUGCACUUUGGGGAGCCCAAGACCUGGUAUGCUGUGCCCCCUGAGCAUGGCAGGCGCCUGGAGCGCCUGGCCAGGGAACUCUUCCCUGGCAGCUCCCAGGGCUGCCAGGCCUUCCUGAGGCACAAGGUGGCGCUCAUCUCACCCACCGUGCUCAAGGAGAAUGGCAUCCCCUUUGGCCGCAUCACCCAGGAGGCUGGGGAGUUCAUGGUCACUUUUCCCUAUGGCUACCACGCGGGCUUCAACCAUGGCUUCAACUGCGCAGAGGCCAUCAAUUUCGCCACCCCAAGGUGGAUCGACUAUGGCAAGGUGGCAUCUCAGUGCAGCUGUGGGGAGGCCAGGGUGAGCUUCUCCAUGGAUGCCUUUGUGAGGAUCUUGCAGCCUGAGCGAUAUGAGCUAUGGAAACGCGGCCAAGAUCAGGCAGUUGUGGACCACACAGAGACUGUGGGGCCGACCAGUCAGGACCUCACCACCUGGCGGGUGACCCAAGCACCAAGAAAAACUUGGGGCCUGAAGGAUCUCCGGCUUCGCCAGGUCUCAAGCUCUCUUCUGCCUGGAGUCACGAACAGUAACAUUCCUUGCAACAUCCAGGUGUGCCACACUGCCAAGCAACCAUCAGAUGUGAAAGGUGAUGAGGUCCAGAAGUCUGACAUAGCCCCACCACAUCCUCUGAGUCUAUCUUCUUCUGGUCACAUGUCAACUGGAAGACGUGGUCUUGGUCGUCGCCCUUGUGAACUAGGAGUUCAGGAGUCCCCCAGUGGAGCUCCAGUCAAGAGGCGACUUCCAGCAGGCAGAGAUGACACAAGCCCCAGCCCAGAGCUUCAGUCCCAGUCCAUGAAUGGAGACUUAAUAGUCAACUCAGGACUUGUGAACCCUAGUCCACGCAGUCCCAGUCCAUGAGUGGAGACUUAAUAGUCAACUA